UGAAAAGUAUUAUAAAUAGAAGCUAGUGCAUAUAUAUCAAAAUCCAUUAAAUAUUGAAAGGAAUUUAUCGUUUUGUAUUUUGUAAUGGAACCCAUCUGGAAGCAUGUCAUGUUACUCUACGUUUUGCUGCUGUUUCAUCAUCAUCUUCUUCCGGUCAAUUCAGAACACCAAAGAAACUCCUCACAUACAGUUGCAGACAGGGCAAAGACAAUGUCCACAAUAAAUUCAACAGAAAUUGUAGUAUCAGUUAAUAGGCGUGGCGGUGGUGGAGGUGGAGGCCAUGGCGGUGGUGGAGGUCACGGCGGUGGUGGUGGAAGUCAUGGAGGAGCUGGCCAUGAAAACAGCAUGGGAAUGCAUGGAGGAUCAAUCCCUUUAUAUGGCGCUGCUGCAGCAGGUUCUGCUCAUCAGGCAAAUAAUAAUCACCACCAUGGUCACAGUAAUGGUGCCACAUUAAAUUAUGUCUCUUUUUAUAAUUACAUUCUUUUAUUUCUUUCUAUUGCUUUUGUUACAGUUUCCCUAUGUAACUAAACAGAAUUGCUUUAUACUCAUUCCGCAGUUACCAAUAAAAACAUGUUUUGUGUAAGUUGUUUUAUAAGAAUGU